ACCGAACUCAACCAAUCGCUGGAGAGGACGGGACUUGUUAAAGGGAAAAGCUUGCUGUGCAUAUGCAGCUCUACUCGUUGCAUCUUGAACCCGAUAUUUUUGCUCUCCACAGUAAACACGGUUAUUUUACGAUUAACGAACGUGAUCUGGUUUCGUUUCGGUUCCAGCUAGUCUACUCGUCGUUGUUGAUUUUAAAAGUCGACGAAGACACGACUGGAGCUACCGCUAACGCUAGCGUUCGCCUUGAUAAAGUUCAGCGUGUCAAAGUCGUCGUUGUCGUCGUCGUCGUCGUCAUCGUCGUCGUCGUCUCAGUGUCAAAUGUAAGAAAGUCUUGAACAUGGUCAGUUCUCUCGUCCUUGAAAAUACAAGUAUCACGAGCCCGUCACACGGAUGGACGUUUCUGCGUGCAUACAUGGAGGGGGAAAAACGCUUGCGUGCUCGGGCCCCGAAAUCCGUGAUUCGACCACUGGCGGUAACGAUAAAUGACCGGACGGGGGUAGCACGCGUGGUCUCAGUGUUAUGCCAGUGAAGUGAGAACCCGAACCGAUGAGAAUCCGGGCGUUGGGUCGGCCGUCGCGCGAGGAAUGGCAGUCCAUGGGGAUGUGAAGAAAAUACGAUGUACUAUAAUUAUCGCACAAACUAUGAUUAAUUUCGCCGCCGAGCAGCUCGACGAUCUGCGGACCCAGUGCUUCACCAUGGCGAAGAUCACCAAGCAGCAAAUAAGGAAGCUGGAGGGGAAAUUAAUAAAAUUAUACGCCAAACAACUUGCGGCAAAGGCUAAAUUGACCGAUCCGUUACCAUCAGACAUGAUAAAAUAUCCAUUAUUACAUCAGUGGUUGCAGAUAGUUGGUCUCACCCAAGACUCAAUUCAGAUGGUUUGUUCCAAAGUUAAUACUCUUGAGGCCCUGAGGAAGAAGUCUAAACUUGAAUUGAACAACAUGUUAAAUAAAUAUAGUAUACACUACAAGGAAGAAUGUCGUAGGCUUUGUAAAGCAUUGGAUAAAUUAUGGCGAUACACGGAUAUUUUGAUAAGAGGAGGUACGGAAAGUGUUUCACAUUUAUACUGGGAUUCUUGGGACAGUUCUCAUUUACGCAAGGAAAUUUAUACUAAGCCAGUUCUAUCUCAUACCGCACGGUGUUCCAUUCAAACAGAGAGUAGCAUUCCAUCUUAUAAUAACAACAAUGAUGCAUUACCACUAGCUUCUGCAUCUUCCAUAUCAAGUGGUUCUACCUGUUUCUCAUUACCAAAGCAAGCACAUAAAUUAGAUGUUAACUUACUGCCAACUCCUCCUUCGUAUAGAAAACAUUUAAGUAGUGUGCAGAAUAGUCCAUUACAAUCGAAUUUUGAAAUGCUUCCGUUAGCUAAGUCAAAAUCUCAUAAAUCACAAUUGGCAAGUUGUCCUGAUAAUAUACAACUUGAAAAUGAUGAUCUAUCAUUUAGUUUUAGAAUUGAUUCUUCUACAGAGAAGAAAAGUGAUUCUCCUGUAACAAGAGAUCUAACAACAGAACAAAGUUCAGAUUGUGGUACAUUUGUUACAACAGACUGCGGAAAAGAAGAAAGUCUCUUGUCAAACAACAGUAGCCCCAUUAAAUCAUCCAUUAAAUCACUUAUUAAAUCACCUAUUGAAUCACCUAUUAAAUCACGUAUUAAAUCACUUGUUAAAUCAUCUGUUAAAUCAUCUGUUAAAUCAUCGGUUAAACCAUCUGUUAAGUCAUCUGUUAAAUCACGUGUUAAACCACCACCUCUAACUUGUACCACAAAUGCAGAAAGUAAUGAUAACAAUCUUGAGGGAACAGAAACGAGUCCCCAAGUGCCAAAUUCUUCAUCUCCUAAGAUAUCUUACGGCAUAUAUCAUGAAAUUUCUCAUCAAUUUACCAAAUCUUUUAAUAUGAUGACAACAUGUGACUAUUGUGACAAACCGAUGUUUAUGAAUAUUUUUAAAUGCAGGGCGUGUAAAUAUAAAUGCCAUCGAGAAUGUAUACCCAAAGUACCCCAUUCUUGUGGCCUAUCUCCAAAAAUUAUUGAGGCGUUUAGACGAUCUUUUGAAUUGAAGGAUGCGAUGAGUGUUUUCCCAAUACUCAGGAGGCUCGGCAUGACGUCUUUGAAUAAUGUACAUUUAGUACAAUUAGUAUCUCCUUUGAAUCACGUAGAGAGGAGACGAUCAUAUACACAAUCUUCUACGAAUAUAGAAUUUUUUUACGGCGAUCCUAGUUCAAAUACAUUGAGAACUCACUACUCAACACCUUCUAGUCCAGCAUUGAUGUCAACUCCUUUUAACUACAAUCCAGAAACGUUUCUACAACAGUUUGAUUUAAUAGAUGUACCAACACUACCGACUAAAAAGGAGAAGACAUUUGAAAAAGUAUAUGAGAAGAAAUUUAAAUCAGAGUUAGCGAUUUCGAAUGAUAAGGAAAAGAAAAAUGAUAUAAAUAUAAAUGAUGUGAAUAAAUAUGAAGACAUAAGUUCUUGGUUAGAUAAUAUCUCGGAAUUAGAGAGAGCUCAUUCUCAGGAAUCUCUAAGCUUCGAUGGCGAAAUAGAUGAAAUUACAUAUUGUUGGCCUCGAUUCAAGGAAGAUAUAAUGUCGCAAGAGUGGGAUAUUGUAUUUGACGAAUUAAAAAUUAAAAGUCUGAUUGGGAAAGGAAGAUUUAGUAGAGUAUAUAGAGGUUUUUGGCAUGGAGAUAUUGCAGUCAAGUUUUAUGAUAUGAGUUUUUCGGAAGAUGAAGCAUUAAGAACAUUUAGAUUAGAGUUUGCCCUAUUUCGAACAUCUCAGCACGACAAUCUAAUAGGUUAUUUGGGAACUUGUGUGAAAUCUCCUCAACUGGGAGUAGUGACUAAUGUGUGUAGAGGCAUAUCACUGUAUACCCGUCUUCAUAUUCGAAAGGACAGAUUUACUUUGGCUGAAAUUAAUACUAUAGCUCAACAGAUUUGCCAUGGUAUGAAGUAUCUUCAUUCUUGUGAUUUAAUACACAAGGAUCUCAGGAGCAAGAACGUAUUUGUAGAAAAGGAAAAAAUUGUAAUAACAGAUUACGGUCUGUUUAACAUUACCAAAAUGUGUCCUGGAAACAGCAAAGGGGAACCAUUAAAUAUACCACCAGGUUGGUUAUGUUACUUGGCACCUGAAAUUAUUCGACAACUAAAACCAUUGAAUUUGGAUCAGGAUGAGAUACCAUAUUCAUUUAAUUCUGAUGUUUAUGCAUUUGGGACUAUCUGGUAUGAAUUAUUGUGUAAUGAGUGGCCCUUUAGAGGACAACCUCCUGAAGCUGUUAUUUGGCAAGUUGGAAAAGGAAUGAAACAAUCUUUAUCAUAUUUACACGCUUCCCGUGAAGUAAAGGAUAUUCUAAUGUAUUGUUGGUCAUACCAUGCAAAGAACCGUUUUGACUUUGAAGAGAUAAUAUCUCUACUCGAAAGGCUGCCUCGCAAAAAAUUAGCGUGUAGUUCCUCCAAUCCAACUUCUACUCUUUCUGCAGAAUCUAUGUUUUGAAUAUAUUUAUUUAAAUAUGCUGUUGUUCUCUUAUAAAUGUAAAUAUAUAGAAUCAUUGCCAGAUCU